AUGCUGGAAACUCCUUCAGAGAGGGUGAGGUUAAUACGCACGUACCAAAGAGUGAUUUCUGAAGUUAGAAACAAGAGCACCAUGUUAGAAGAUACCGUGAAGGAAGCAAAGGGAAUCAAUGGCUCUCCUGAUACUUUUACUCUCUGUGAAAGUGUGAAAAUUCCUUCAGAAACUGUAGUUAGCAGAGACUGCAACAAAGCACCAGUUGUUGCUCUUCCAGUUCUAGAGGAAGGAAGAGUAUGGGUACAUAAGCCUGUUAGCAGGGCUCCACCGUCUCUGACCGCCAAGACUAGAGUGAACUCUAAUCAGCAGUUUCUGGAAGUGAAGCACAAAGAUGUCAUUCCAGAACAACAUGGCCAUGGUGAAAGACCUACAAUGAGGCAGCCUGUUGCACUUGCUGCAGAGGAGACACAAACAGAGCAACAACUAAUGCACCUUACAUCAUCUUCUGGGUAUUGCAGACGCAUCUCAUCAAAGGGUCAACAAUCUGAUGUUGAAGGCUGCAUCUGCGAGGGGAAUAGGAACCUAGAGCAGGCUGCUGGAUCAAUGGUGGACCAGGCACAAGAAAAUGACGAAGAGCUAAUUACUGUUGCUGAUGAUUCCAAUUUGCAGAGUGUAAGCUGGGAGAGUGAAUGCAACAUUCUGCCACCAUCUUGGGAAGGGACAGAGGACCAGAAGAGGUUUGACGUUAUGAAUGAAGAGUUCGUCAUCAGUGCUACUGAAUCAAGUGCUAAAGUACUUGCCGUGAAGAACAACCUUGCUAAGAUGGAUGAUCAGCAGCGAAGCCUUAAAGGUAUGGUAAAGGAGAGUAGCCCCUACAUGACUGCUGCCGAAUUGGCAAGAAUGGUGGAAAAGAUUGAUGAAAUCAAUGAUCAAAUCAAGAACAUGAAGGUGGACAUGGAGCAAUCUGUGGAAGGGUCCUCGCUUGUCUCUUAUAACAAGAAGUCAGAGAUAUCCCUCAUGGAUCUGUUCAAAUUGUUAGAGCCUGUUGCAAAUUUGGCUUGCACAAAAACUUUGGAGGAGAUUAAGGCAAAGCACUUCCCAGAUUUGGAUUUGAAGCAAUUCCCGAUUUAUGACCCUACUGUUACCGAGAGGGUGAGCCCUGUGUUUAGAGGAACUAUCGAGUCAUUCAUUAAUGAAGGUUUAGCACUUUCACAGGUAAAAGUAGACGCUGAGGAAUCCCUAGUGCUGCAACCUCUUGCUUCUGAACAUCCAGAGGUGACUAAGAAAGUUAAUCUACCAGCUCAGUAA